AUGAGGGCAAACGCUAAUUGUGAAACCGUGAGCCCUGCUGCACUUCCAAUAGAAUGGAUACGGAUCAAGCAAAGCAAGUUUGCUGCACUUUGUUCUGUUAUUCUGAAUUUGAUCAUCACGGUCAAUGGAACGUCUAGUCAGAGCAAUACCCAGACUUUUUGCAGAUGUACUCCUGGUUUCCCUGGUUUGCCUGGAAAAGAUGGUCUGCCUGGUCGUGACGGAGUACGUGGCAAUCCUGGUAUUCCUGGAAUUCCCGGAAGAACAACACAACCCGGUAUAAAAGGUCCUAAAGGAGAUAAAGGAGAUGUUGGAGCAGCUGGUGACAAAGGCACUAAAGGAGAACCUGGAACACCUGCUCGUAAUCCGUUAGGUACGAGUGGUGUUACUUACAUUCAGUGGGGAAGGAAGAAAUGCUCGGCAAAUGGAAUAGAAACUCUUUACUCCUGA